AUGGCGACUCCUUCUUCCUUUGAUGCUGCGAAGGCGCAUCUUGAAAAUGUUAAGGAAGACCCUUCAACAAAACUUGAUAUCCCCCUCAUCGAGCGACUCAAGCUCCAGCUGAUCGAAAACACCGCCCCCAUCGUCCCCGCAACGCUCUUAUCACAAAUAUCAGCUCUACUGCCUAUCCUCCAAGAAGAUCCUACGCCCCUCACCACCCUCGCGAUCAAGGCGACUGGAUACUUCAGCUUCACUGACCUUCGUGCCAUCGAUCCUCCCAUCGAUCUUGUCGCAGGCUUCAAAGCCCCGUCCGAACCUAUUAAUUUGCUUGCCCUCUCUUUACUAGCCAAGGCAGGGCAAACAUCUAGCGAUGCUGCUAUUGUUGCAGGGGACUCCGGACUGGUUGCAUCUUUAAUAGAGCUGUGGCUAUCAACAUCUUAUACGGCAGUGUCACAGGCAGCUUUCGAUGCAAUCUGGGCUUUAUUGGAAGUCGACCUGGCUAGCCCCCUCGAAAAUGGAGAACACGAAGCUGCCAACAAUGACAGACAUACGGUGCAUGCGGGACAAGGUCUGAUGUGGAGGAGGAUAUUCACGGACAAAGAUGUAUAUGGAAUUAUGUUUGGAUUGUGCAGCUUACAGAAUGAUGCGCCGGGCGAGCUAUCGAAGCGUGAGCGCACUCUAGCACAGGGCAGAUUGAUGGGGUUCCUGGUCAAGGCUGGUAGUCUGCGUUGGGAUAUCAUCUCGAAGUCGCAAGUUCCAGACGUCGAAGCCAAAUUCCAAAGUAAAAGUGUUCUCCAUUUCGCAACCUCUCAAAUGGUAAAUGUGAGUGACGUCUUGAUGCAUAUGACACUUGUGAACUUUUAUCGGGAACUUUUAGAGCUUGAUGCUCCUGGCCUCUUCGCUCGAAGUCUUGUGCAGUCAAGAUCGACCUUUUCAUCUCCAGCACUUGACUUCCUAAUAUCAGAAAACCUUCAUUCCAAGAUGUUAGAAUAUUAUUUGGAUGACAGCAAGCUCGACCCAGUGGAUCUCAUUUACCUUUCUGGGCCUAUCAUGGCGUACGUCGCGAGAUAUGCCGAGUCCUAUCCCAACCACCUCCUCCAAAAUCCAUCUGUCCUUCUGGACGGUAUUGUUUCACGCAUUACUCGGGCUCUUGCAAUGCCCUCCAGUCAAUGGGCACAUGGCGAAGUGCCCACAGGACAUUUGGCCGUUCUUGGCUCACUACCUCGAGUAUUGCUGGUCGAAGCUGGGAGGCAUGGCGCCAACCCCAUGUUGAAGGUUCCUACAAAUCCACCUAAUGGAGAGGCCUUUGAUGUUCUAGCAAAGAUCCUCCAUGGACCCGCCCACGCUGCUGUUUCUGAUUCAAUGGAUUUGAACGCUUCUGGUCAAACACCAACUGACUGGCAUCGUGAGGCGGCAGCAGCGCGCAUACUUUACUUCCUCUAUAUGAACGAACACCCUAACCUCUGGAUGGAUAUCGUUGCUGCCGCCGAUGUCGUUGCGAUGAAAGAUGUGGCGCUGUCUGCUAUCGCCUUCAUGAGAGCCAUCGCUAUAGCUCACUGGCAGCCGUUACCUCCCGCAUCUCAUGUUCCUGGAACCUCAUCUCGAUUCCAACUUCCAUCCGAAGAAGGACUCGGGCAAUUGUCUCCAGCUAGCAGUGGGUUACUUCCUCUUUCCGGAUCAUGGGCUAUUCUCACGCCGCCGGCUCUCACUACCCUCCUGCCAUAUCUUUUCAAGCCACCGCGAUCCUAUGGUGAAUUUGUUGGUGGCGGCGCUGGUGACUCUCAAAAUGCCGUAUGGAAGAUAGCUACUGCUAAGCAUGGUGUCCUCGUGUCACUCUACAGUGAACUUCAAAAAUCAGGUGGACAGGUGGAAGGCUUUGAAGACAUUCUACGAACACUGCGGCAGCGGGUGAAUGAAGGCCCCCUAGGUCCUGUGCAGCAGGGAUCUGCACAAGUAGAGGCUGUAGGUCUGUGA